UUCAAAGCAAAAUGCUUUUUGGAAAGGUUGUUAAAGUUUCCUUCUUUCUUCCUUUUUGCUGCCAAACAACGCCUUGUCACGUCCCUUCCCAAUUUCCCAUUUUCCAUUUCCAUGUGCCUACUACUACUCAUAGCUCCUCCACCACCACCGCUGCCUAACCCCCAUUUUCUUCCAUAGGGUUCUCAACUUUUUCUUUAUUUGUUCAUUUGUUUUUUUUUCUACGAGAAACUUAGAAGAACGAGUUUUUUUUUUCGUUUUUAUUUUUAAUAUCGGGGAUUGAUCACCAUGGCUUGUGCUGGUGUUGGGAAAAAUAAUGAUUGUCUGAAUCGUGAUUGUUUACGGGGGGAGGAGUUGACGAGGUCCGAUCAAUGCCAGAGGAGUCCGGAUAUGAUCGUUGGGAAAGCUGACGUGGCGGCUAAUGGAGUCAAAGUUGUUGAGAUGACAGCUGGGAAGCGCAGACGCGGAAGACCACCCAGAAAUCAAGGGAAAGUCGAUUCAUCAUCGGCGGCGCCGCCUCAGAGGGAGAACCAGGAUGGAGAAGAAGAAGAUGUUUGCUUUAUAUGCUUUGAUGGCGGGAGUCUCGUGCUUUGUGAUCGCCGAGGCUGUCCUAAGGCUUACCAUCCAGCUUGUAUCAAAAGGGAUGAGGCCUUCUUUAAAUCAAAGGCGAAAUGGAACUGCGGGUGGCACAUAUGUAGCACUUGUCAUAAGUCUUCGUAUUAUAUGUGCUAUACUUGCACAUAUUCCUUGUGCAAGAAUUGCACUAAAGAUGCUGCUGAUUAUGUGAACGUAAGAGGAAAUAAAGGAUUUUGUGGAUUGUGCAUGAAAACUAUAAUGAUGAUUGAAAGCACUGCUUUCGGAACCAAUGAAAUGGUUCAAGUAGAUUUUGAUGAUCAAACGAGUUGGGAGUAUCUCUUCAAGAUGUAUUGGGUUUUAUUGAAAGAGAAGCUAUCUUUAAGUUUAUGUGAGCUUAUUAAAGCUAAAAAUCUGCUGAAAGAUAUUGCUAAAGGUGUAGGCACGGAAAGGCCUUUUGGAGACCUAGGUGCUAGUUAUUCUAAGAGAAGAAAAACGAUUAAACAACAGACAUAUUUGAACAAAGCUGAACCUCUAGAAGCAGAGAAAUCAGGUGUUAUGAUAGGGAUGCCUUUGCCUGAAGGCACAGAUUGUGCAAGUGACAAGGGACUCACAAAAGGGUAUCCUUUGUUUCUUAAUAUGAAGGAAAAGGAGCCCCCCUCUCCACUGAAGAGAGGUGAUGUCUUGAGUGAUAUAGGAAGCGAGACAGAAAAAAUAUGGCACUAUCAAGAUCCACUUGGGAAAAUUCAUGGGCCAUUUCCUAUGGCAAUGUUACGUAGGUGGAGCAUGAGUGGUCUUUUCCCACCUGAUUUGAGAGUAUGGAGAGCAAGUGAAAGGAAAGAGGAUUCCACUCUCUUAACAGAUGCUUUGGCUGGACGGUACAGCCAACCGCAACAGCUGUUUCAUAAAAGCUGCAUACCAGUUUACGAUGCAAGGUUUUCCCCUAAUGAUGGAUAUCAGAACAAGGUUGGAGAUGUUAGAGGGAGUUGGGAUCUGAAUGUGGAUCAGAUUGAAAGUAAACAGGUGGAGGUGAGCUCGAACUCGAUGCAGAAUGAUGCAAGUGGUCCUUGUUGUGGUAACAAUGAAUCUGCAAAGAGCAAAGAAUUGGGCUCGCGAUCUUCUUCUUGUACUACUGCCAUAGAUAUUGUCACUUCCAAUGCAGUACAGACAGGAAGUCCUUUGACACAAUGGGAGUCUGGGAAGGGUGAUAAUUACUUCCCUGGCCAGCCUCGAGUGAGUAGUUCACUUCCAUCAUCUACAUUUUCUGGGAAAUCAUGUGAAACACAGUCUCAUCUAGAUAUCACAGGUCAUGGGGUUGAAAAAUGGGACUGUGGUUCCAUUAACAUGAACGAAAAUUCGAACAAGACCUCCAAUGGUCAAUUUAUUGCUGGAAAUGUGAAGCAAAAUGAUACUGAGGGACAAUCAGGCAAAUCUUGUGGGCAAAGCUGGAGAUCACCUUUAAAUAAUGCUUCAAAUGGAUGGGAUGCCAAUUGUGGUCUCAUUUCUCUAGCUAGGGCUCUUGAAGCAGCAGAGCACAAUCAUGAUAUUGAUUUCGUCGAUCUUCCUACUUCAACAUCAAAGAUGAACCUCAAAGACUCGAAACCACAGGGUACUAAAAACAAACAGUCUCUUUCUGCGAGUGCUCUUCAUCAAGAUUCGGGUCCUAGUUGGAGUUCAGCUUCUAGUUUAGUUGUUAAUGGACCAUUGCUUUCUGAAGUAGCUAGUGAAUGGGGUGGGUAUUCCUCCACCCCAGCAAAACCUUCUCCGGAGGAAUGGGACUCGGAUCUUGUUCUACAGUCUUCUUUGAAACGGACUAGCUUGGGAAAUGAUCAUGCUGCUACUCCAAGUUCAGGAAGUGGUCAAUUUGCACAUUCUUGUCUCUCAGAUCCUGCAGAAAAUGCAUCUGCUUGGGAUCCAAUUAUUCCCAACCCCAAUGAGUAUUCUUUUGGUGAUGAGUCAGUUUCUGAUCUCUUGGCUGAAGUUGAAGCAAUGGAGUCUCUUAAUGCCUUGACUUCAUCUACAUCGAUUUUACGUUGGGAUGGUGAGUUGGCUCAAGGUGCUGAACCAUAUUGCUUUAGCCCUGCACCUGAUCCAGGAAAAAGUGAUGCUUUGAGCUCAACAAAUGAUCUACGAAUGUCAUCUGAGUCGACCUUGACUAUCGAGACAAUUGGGGUCUCCAAGUCUGAAGUUCUUGAUGGUCAGAAGAGUUAUGGCCGGCAUUCUUCCACGAGUGCUGAAAUGGAUGAAGAUAAAUGGCCCAAUAAUGUCUCGGUUAACCAAUAUGAAGCUGGUUCAGGCAUGCAGUUUCAUGCACCAGGAGUAACAUGGGGCAUGGCUUCUAUAGAUACCACUUGGAAAACAGGUCGAGAAACUACGGCAACCAACUCUGAAGCCAUUCAGCGAAACCAUAUUUUCAAUUUGGGGGGCUUAGAUCAUGGAGCUAGGAACUUCAGUUGGGGAAGAACUAGUCCGGGAACCUUCCCUGGCAACGGAAGCAUCAACUUAGGCACUUAUUGGGGAAACCAACAGGAGGGCCUUGAUUUUCCGGGAAGAGAUUCAAGUUUUAUUCGGGGCAGGUCUUCAAUGCAUAGGCACUCGACCUACGAUGUUCCUCCGAACGGAGUUGGUUCUUUCAGACCUCCGCCCAAAGGGCAACGGGUUUGUAAAUUGUAUGAAAGGGGAGAAUGCAACAAGGGAGCUUCAUGUAGCUAUUGGCACCCUAGAUAAGGUAACCAUAACAAUUGUGUGCAUUUUGACUGUUAGUUUGUUCUCCAAAAUUUAAAACGUCAGCUAUAACAGUAAUGUAUCAUUCAUUAUUCAAGUUGGGCAUAUAAGAAUACCAUAUUAUUUUUGUGCUGUGAAUAUAAACAAAUAAAUAAUACCUUACCUUUUGCAAA